AUGACAGCCAGUGAGUCAUUACUGCCCCUGGACCUUGAAGCUACUCAGAUUGAGGAGUCAUCAGAGAAACCAAUGUCGCCACCUCGAGAUACUACACCAGAACAAAUCCAACCACCUUCGGAGACAUCAAUGGGGCCUGUAGUACACAAUGUAUCUGACUACAACUACUAUGACUACGAGAUAGACGAUGACUGUUUCUACAGCUACAAUAAUAGUGAUUAUGAAGACAACGCACAACCUAGGACUUGGAACUGUUUUUAUUGGGAUGAACUUAUACCUACACUGGUAGUCUACGGUACGACGUUUCUUCUAGGAGUCGUAGGCAACACGCUCAUAGUUUUUACCAUCUGUCGGUAUCGAAGAAUGAAGAGUACAACAAACGUGUUCCUAGCAAGCCUAGCCUCUGCCGACCUUCUUCUCUUACUCAUCUGUAUACCUGUCAAGAUAGCAAAGCUAUUCUCCUACACGUGGACAAUGGGGAUCCUGCUUUGCAAAGUAGUCCAUUACAUGCAGAACGUGUCCGCUAUUUGCUCAGUGCUUACCCUCACUGCUAUUAGUGUUGAAAGGUACUAUGCAAUAGUCCAUCCAAUGAAAGCAAAAUAUAUUUGCACCAUAAGUCAGGCCAAGAAGAUUAUUCUAGCAACAUGGUUGGCGUCUAUUUUGCUGGCCUUGCCUAACCUUGCUAUUCAGGUGCACAUGGCAGUUGGACCCCGUUUCAACCUUUUUUACUGUACAUUGGACUACGACAACCGACCCUUGCUGAAGCUGUACCAGCUGUACAUGCUGGGCCUGAUACUGGUAGUACCUACCAGCGUCAUGGUAGUGACCUACAGUGCUAUCUGCUGGGAGAUUUGGCAAGUCAUGAAGGAAAGGCAUCGCAUGGUGACAGGCAGAGCAACUCACAUGUUCGAGAGUAUACCACUUACCAAGAGAGAGAGUGGAGGGUUCAAAAACGAGAACAUUGCAAGCGACGACCGCAGCAACAAUGUUAGACAAGUCAUCAAGAUGCUGGUGUUGAUUGUGGUGAUGUUUGUGGUGUGCUGGGGCCCCAUCAUAGUCCUGGAUCUGCUGACGGCCUACCACGUGGUCCCAGAACACGCCGCGGGCACCACAAAACAUGUGAGGACGGUGUUCCAUCUCAUGGCGUACUUAAACAGUUGCGUCAACCCCCUGGUGUACGGCUUCAUGUCAAAGCACUUCAGGGAGAGUUUCCAGAAGACUCUUUGUCGUUGGUGUCGUGGACCUCCUCGGCGUCAACUGUCUGUUUCCCAGAGUCGAGCGACUUCCAUAAGAUUCAAGGAGAGAGACCGAUCUACGAUGCUAACCCAGCUGACGACACAUUCACCUCACCACCUGUAA